AUGAAUAAAGUAAAUACUGUCUUAAUUGACGAACAGCUGGCGAGUGCUGAGAAAGGAACCGCUGGGGUAGUUCAACCUAUCAACAGAAAAGAGCAAAUCACAGGAAUACUUACUUCCCGUAUCGAAACCAAGCGUGAUAAAGUUCCUAACAAAACUUACCAUUACGGUUUUUUUAAGUUAGAAACCCAAAACCAAGAAAUUCCGGUAGUCUUCAAAGAAAAACCGGAAAUCCCCAAAGGCAGCAAACUAGAAGAACUAAAAGAGCUAGAAAAGUUCAGCCAAUUAGGAGAACAGUAUUUAAAAGCUCACUUGCUCACUAAAUCUGCUCGCUAUGCUAACUAUCAAAGCGAAUAUUUAGAGCAAGCUAAAUUGAACCAAGCCAGUUAUUUAGCCCGAAUAGCUUCCGAGUUAGAGAUAACUAAAAGGCAAAUGUUAGCGACCGCCAAUGUCAGCAAAAGUUCACAGACAAAGAUAAAGAGAAUGACAAUUGAGACCUCUGAUUUGACACUACUGGAGAAACUAACGGGCAACCUUGAUAUUCUUAUGAUUGCCCGGAACCCCAAGAGCAAGCCAAGGAGGUCUCCCGUGCCUAGAAACUUAAAAACCCAAGCCCAAUUACAAGCUGAAAUAAACCGACUAAAAGCGGAAAACCAACAAUUCCGAUUAGUCUUUCGAAUAAUCAUUGAGACAGCUUAUCAGGUGGUCAAUAAAGAACCAGAACCAGAAACCAAGGAGGCCAACCAUGAAUAA